GUGUCGUCUUCCCCCGCCACGGCUCUCACCCACCAAACCGAAUCCUCCUCCUCUUCCUCAAGCCUUGCUGCUUGUUCCCCUCCAACCCCCACAGAAAAAGAUUCAAUUUUAUAAAGAGAAACCAGCAAAGCCGACGCCUUCCGAAUCCAAAUUUAGUCGGACUAGGCGGCUGCUGCUCGCCUUCGCCUACCACCACCACCACCUCCCGCGUCGGCCGCCGCCAUGGCGCUGCUCGUGCGCGCGCGGCUCUCCUCGCUGGACGACGACGACGCGGCCACCUCCUCCUCGCUAUCCUCGGCCGCGUCCUCGCCGCCCCUCUCGCCCUCGCCACCCGCCGCCGCCGCCCCGUCCCUGCCGCUGCGCGCGCGCGCCGCCGUCCUCGGCGCCCCGCGCGUCGCGGCGCAGCUGUCCUCCACGGACGAAGACGGCAGCGAGGCCUUCGACGACGCCACCAGCUACGGUGAGGACGGCGAAUUCGUGGAGGAGGUGUCCAACGGAUUCUUCUUCAGCGUCGCCAAGGUACCGCCGGCGGCGGCCGAGGACCCGAGCCUGGUCCCGGUCCCGGGCGACAUGCCGACGGGGGGCGCCGCUGCGUCCGAGAGCGGGAACUCUGGCACGGUGGAGGGGUCGCUAGAGGAGAGCUUCAUGAGCGCCAGGAGCGUCUUCGAAGUGCUUAACGCCGGCACAAGGAGCGGAUUGGACGGUGUCGUUGCGGAUGGCAAGGGUACGGGCGUCGAGGGCUCGCUGGAUGGGAGGUUCCAAAGUUCCACGAGCAUCGUUGGCGCGUUGGAUGACGGCGAGGCUGCUGCAUCUGGUGAUUUGGUGAAUGUUUCAGAUGACCCUGUGUUGAAGGAUGAUAAGCAGGGGGGACAGGAUGUUGGUGCUGAGGCUCUCAGUGAUGUGGUUCCUGAGCCUUUCAUGGCCGAUGCUGGGGGCAUAGAUGGUGUUGACAUGCGCAUUGUGGAUGCUUUGGAAGGGGAGGGCGGAGGGUCUGAUCAUGAUGUUGCUGAAUUGCCUGCUGUUGCGAAUGCUACAGAGGAAGAAGAUGCUGGUGUUGAACUUCGCAAUAAUGAUUCUGACGUGAAAGAUAGCACGACCAAGCAUGAGGUUGUUACAAAUGUUGAAGAUGCCAGUCCUGAAUAUGUUGACACUAGAGAUGGCACAUUUGAGCCUGUGGAAGUUCGUGACAAUGCUGAUGGCCCAUAUUCUAUUGCAGAUGGUGGUCAUAGUAAGGUAGAUGAGAAAACUGGUGGUGAUCAUGAAGCUUCUGAUGAUUCUGCAUCCAUGCCAAUCUCUGGAGGUGAUGAUGCUGGGGAACUUCUCGAAAAAGAAUUGGAGGACAAUGUGCCUGCUUCCAAAGGCACACACUUUGGUGUGGAUGAUUCUAAUGAAGAUGAGGAGGAGAUGAAUGGAAAGGAGAUCGAGUUUUUGGAUUAUGCAGCUUUAGCUGAACUUCUGUGGGCGGCCAAUAGAUCACCUGGACAAGGUAAUGCCAAGGUUUUCCCAGUUGAAACCUCUGAGCCCAGAAAUCUGCCUCCUACCGUGGUCAGCAUUCCUAGGACAGAUGUGGUUUCUACUCCUGUGCUAGAAGUAGCUGCUGACCCUGAGAAUGAGAUGACUGAUGAAGAGAAGAAGUUGUACAGAAAGGUGGACAUGGCACGAAUCAAGUACUUGCGUCUCAUUCAUAGAUUAGGGUAUGAUACUGACCAUCAGGUACCUGUACAAGUUUUAUAUCGGUUUAGUCUUGUUGAAGGCUUCAGGCGCUUAAGGAUUGCAAACCAUUCCUCCGAGCUUGAGAAUGCCUGGAAGAGGGCAUUGCGGCUUGAGGCAGAGGGAAUAGAGAACUUGGAAUUCUCUUGCAAUGUAUUGGUCCUUGGGAAGACAGGAGUAGGGAAGAGUGCAACAAUAAACUCCAUCUUUGGUGAGGAUAAAUCCAAAACAAAUGCUUUUCUACCGGCAACAUCUUCCGUUAAGGAGAUCAGUGGAGUUGUUGAUGGUGUUAAGUUUCGUGUGAUCGACACCCCUGGGCUUGGGACUUCAGCCAUGGAUGAAAAAUCAAAUAGGAAAGUGCUCAAUUCUGUUAAGAGGUAUAUGAAUAGAUGCCCUCCUGACAUUAUUUUGUAUGUUGAUCGGAUUGAUACCCUGCGACAGGAUGAAAACAGCCUAUCCCUCUUGAGAGGUAUUACCACUGUGCUAGGACUGUCAAUAUGGUCCAAAACCAUCAUUACUCUCACUAACUCAGCAGCAGCCCCCCCUGAAGGGCCCAGUGGUUCAGCAAUGAACUAUGAGAUGGUUGUGACUCGUCGAACUCAUGCAAUUCAGCAAAGCAUCCGGCAGGCAACUAAUGAUCCUCGAAUUGAGAAUCCAGUGGCUCUUGUGGAGAACCAUCACCUUUGUCGGAGGAACACGGAGGGUGAAAAGGUGCUUCCUAAUGGCCUUGUUUGGAGGCGUCUACUCCUUCUCCUAUGCUACUCGCUAAAGAUGGUCGCUGAGAUUGACAGUCUUUCAACCCGCCGUGCUGCCUCAGCAGGUCUCUUUGGUCGCUAUCUUAAGGUGCCUCCACUUCCUUAUUUUGUAUCAUCUUUGCUGCAAUCUAGAGAGCACCCUAGGCAUGCUAAUGACCAGAAUCUUGAGAGUGUGGAGUCAGAUGUUGAUCUAGAUGAGUUGUUGAAUGAGGAUCAAGGGGAUGGAGAAGAAGACUACGAUCCACUUCCUCCCUUUAAGCCAUUAAGUAAAUCCCAAAUUGCAAAGCUCUCCAAGGAGCAACAGAAGUUGUAUUUUGAUGAGUAUGACUACCGAACUGAGCUUCUUCAGAAGAAACAGUUGAAGGAACGGCUUAGAAGAUUCAAGGAGAUGAAGAAGAGAGAGGGAAAUAAUCAUGAUGUACCUGCUGAUGAUGAUCGUCCUGAUGAUGAGUAUGACACGGAUAGAUCUCCUAUGCCGGACUGGGGUUUGCCAUCUUCAUUUGAUUCUGAUGAUCCUGUGUACCGUUAUAGGUGCCUUGAGCCUACACCAAACCUUCUGGUGCGUGCUGUUACCAACCCUGAUGGAUGGGAUCAUGAUUGUGGAUUCGACGGUGUGAACCUCCAAUACAACCUCGAGGUGGCCAAUAAGUUUCCAGCUUCUCUGUGGGUUCAAGCUCACAAGGACAAGAGAGAGUUCACCAUUCAUUUGGAUUCCUCAAUGUCAGCUAAGCAUGGGGAUUAUGGUUCGACCCUUGCAGGCUUUGACAUCCAAACAAUGAUGGAUCAGUUUGCUUACACUCUCAGAGGGGAGACUAAACUCAAGAACUUCAAGAAAAACAUCACUACUGGUGGUUUAUCCAUGACUUUCUUGGGAAAUACCAUGGUAACUGGAGCAAAGUUUGAGGACAAGCUUUCAGUUGGUAAUAGGUUAACACUGGUAGCAAACACUGGUGCUGUGUCCAUGAGAGGUGAUACUGCAUACGGAGUGAAUAUGGAGGCCAUCCUGCGAGAAAAAAACUAUCCUGUAGGUCAAGGCCUUGCAACUUUGGGUGCAUCCUUAGUAAGGUGGCGUAAAGAAUGGACCAUGGCUGCAAACUUGGAUUCCCAGUUCUCUGUUGGAAGGACUUCAAACAUGGCAGUUCAUGUUGAUGUAAACAACAAACUAACUGGACGGGUGAGCAUCAAGGCCAACACUUCAGAACAGCUGAAGAUUGCUCUAUUAGGUAUCUGUUCAGCGACAAUGUAUUUGUGGAACAGGAUGCAUCCUGGUGCAGAUCCUAAUUCUGAGUAGCACUGGUUAGUAAGGCGAUUUUGAACCCUAACAUUUAAAUCAUAUAAAUUUUCUGAUACACUUACAAAGUGCUGCUGUAUCGAGAACUCCCAGGACUCCUUUCAGAGGUUGGCUAGCACAUCAUUUUCGUCUCAGCUUGUGAUUCAAGGAGGGGAGGUUGCUGGAAGAUGCAAACUCUGGGAACUUGCUAGGAAUGGAAGUUGUACUGUCACUUUCAGUCAAGAAUCAAUAUAAGUGUAGCUGUGCUGCCAUUUAUUUUUCUCCCUUUGGUGCGCAGUAGCUGGAGAACUUCAUGUGCUGCUCCACUAGCGACUCAACUGAUAAAUCAUAAUAUCAAAGGAAAUUACUAUCGUGUGUUUCUCUUCC